UUCUGUCAAAGCAACGUCUGUGACGCGUAACUGGAGCUGGGCGCAGUAGAAACUUCUUUCUGAACCAUGGAUCCCUACAUAAUCAUACUCAGCAUUUUGUUGCCGAUUGUCUGCCUGUGUGUCAUUUCGCUAUGCUGUCAUUUUUGCAAGACUAGGAAAAUAGACUCAUAUCAGAACAACAGCAGCCAAAGUGAAAAUCAUCCGUUUCAACAUACCAGAGCGGCCGUUACCUCAUCCCCGUCUUCCGGUAACACCAGAGGUUUCCAAAAUCUUCCUGCUUUCUCAAUUCAUACCGAAGAAAAUAAACAUCACUCUCCGUUACCAUAUGUUGGAAAAAAGACUGACUCUCCGUGUUAUAGCAGGGAUGACGACACAGACCACUAUGAAGAGCCGCAGACUCUUAGAGAGUUAGUUCCAGGAAGUUACUAUUCCCUGAGUGAAUCUUCGGCAUAUCUCGCACCUCGGGUCCCAUCUACAGAAAAACCUCAGGUGAAGUCUUCAAUUCGAGUAUCUUGGGCCCCUACUCCAGGAAGACUUCCACCUCAGCCUCCCACCCCAGGAAGCCUUCCCCCCCAGCUUCAUAGCCCAGGAAGGACUCUCCCUCAGCCUCCUACCCCAAGAAGGCUUCCCCCCCAGCUUCCUAACCCAGGAAGGUCUCUCCCUCAGCCUCCUACCCCAAGAAGGUUUCCCCCCCAGCUUCCUAACCCAGGAAGGUCUCUCCCCCAGCCUCCUACCCUAGCAUGGCUUCCACCUCAAUCCCCAACCUCACCAGAUUUUCCACCACAACCUCCAUUCACACCAAAGCUUGGUUCUGAGACUCAGCUCUCGCCUGCAGUAAAACUCCCACUGCCUCCUCCGAGCCAAUCGCUCCUGAGACCUAACAGGCACGUAAUCACCAACGGAGAGGGCACUGCGAAGAUUGUAAUUGUGUUUCCUUCUAAGCAAGCCACUACAAGAAAUCCCCCUGAGACUUCCCAAUGUAGACGACCCAUAACACAAGCAUUUCUCGAAAUCAACAAAAAUAUCAAUAUCAAAUUUAAAACAUAUGCGGGAAUGUGAGGAUGCCCUUAGAAGUUACAGCCAGUUUGUUAUUUUUGUUACUGUUAUUAAUAUUAUUAUCAUUAUUAAAAUCAGUACAAAAAUAAUCUGCAGACGGUAACCCCUCAGAUAUAGGAAGACUAGUGCGGAAAACGCCGCUCGGUGUUCCCAAUUUUCAGCUCUAUCUACCCGUGGAUACCGAGGUGAACACAACGUUUCUCGGGGGUGUAAGGAGCAGAGCCUCCAUCAAGCCUCCCCUCGGGCAGUCACUCCUAGUCGCUUGCUAGAUUGUUGAAUAAAAUUUGUGACGUGAAGUUGGAUGCGUCCGUAUGGAAUGAUUAUUAUUAUUAGUAGUAGUAGUAGUAGUAUCAUUAUAAUUAUUAUCAUCAUUAUUAUCAUUAUUACUAUUAGAAUUUCAUUGUUAUUAGUAUCAUCAUUACUAUUUUUAUUAUCUUACAUUUUAUCGAGGCAAAGAUGCACUUGGCAGGUUGGUUGACUGAUGCGACGUUAUAAGCAUACUCAUUUGACAGCUGACAAAAUUUCCUUACAACAGUUUGAAAUAAAAUUAUGUUAAUUGGAUAUGCUACAUUACUUAAUCAUCACUAGCCUUAUAAGUACACCUUCGCUUACAAGAAAGACAGUUACAGGCAAGGAAAACUGGAUGAAAAAUAUGUAUGUAAAGCCUCGGUAAUUUCUGUAAAGCCUCGGUAAUUUCUUGUUUCGAA